GGGGGAGGGCGGGCCGAGGGGAGGGUCCUGGGCCGGGGGGGCGGGCACGGCGCGCCCCCUCCCUCGCGCGCUCGCUCCCUCCCCCGCGCGCCCUCCCUCGCCGCCUCCUCCCGCCGCCUCCGGCCCCCCCUCGCCGGGGACCGAGCGCGCUCGCUCCGGCGCCGGCCUCGCCUCCUCGCAGCAGCGCCAUGGAUGAGUUCCACCCAUUCAUCGAGGCGCUGUUGCCUCACGUCCGCGCCUUCGCCUACACCUGGUUCAACCUGCAGGCGCGGAAGCGCAAGUACUUCAAGAAGCACGAGAAGCGGAUGUCGAAGGACGAGGAGCGCGCGGUGAAGGACGAGCUGCUGGGCGAGAAGGCCGAGGUCAAGCAGAAGUGGGCGUCGCGGCUGCUGGCCAAGCUGCGCAAGGACAUCCGGCCCGAGUGCCGCGAGGACUUCGUGCUGGCCAUCACCGGCAAGAAGGCGCCGGGCUGCGUGCUCUCCAACCCCGACCAGAAGGGCAAGAUGCGUCGCAUCGACUGCCUGCGCCAGGCCGACAAGGUGUGGCGGCUGGACCUGGUCAUGGUCAUCCUCUUCAAGGGCAUCCCGCUGGAGAGCACCGACGGCGAGCGCCUGGUCAAGGCGGCGCAGUGCGGCCACCCGGUGCUCUGCGUGCAGCCGCAUCACAUCGGCGUGGCGGUCAAGGAGCUCGACCUCUACCUGGCCUACUUCGUGCGCGAGCGAGACGCGGAGCAGAGCAGCAGUCCCCGGGCAGGGAUGGGCUCCGACCAGGAGGACAGCAAGCCCAUCACACUGGACACCACCGACUUCCAGGAGAGCUUCGUCACCUCCGGUGUGUUCAGUGUCACUGAGCUCAUCCAAGUGUCCCGGACACCUGUGGUGACUGGAACAGGACCCAACUUCUCCCUGGGGGAGCUGCAGGGACACUUGGCAUAUGACCUAAAUCCAGCCAGUACCGGCAUGAGAAGAACGCUACCCAGCACAUCCUCCAGCGGGAGCAAGCGGCACAAAUCGGGCUCGAUGGAGGAAGACGUGGACACGAGCCCCGGCGGCGAUUACUACACCUCGCCCAGCUCUCCUACGAGUAGCAGCCGCAACUGGACGGAGGACAUGGAAGGAGGCAUCUCAUCCCCGGUGAAGAAAACAGAGAUGGACAAGUCCCCUUUCAACAGUCCGUCUCCCCAGGACUCGCCUCGCCUCUCCAGCUUCACCCAGCACCACCGGCCCGUCAUCGCCGUGCACAGUGGGAUCGCCCGGAGCCCUCACCCGUCCUCGGCCCUGCACUUCCCCACCACCUCCAUCCUGCCCCAGACGGCCUCCACCUACUUCCCGCACACGGCCAUCCGCUACCCGCCACACCUCAACCCCCAGGACCCCCUCAAAGAUCUCGUCUCGCUGGCCUGCGACCCGGCCAGUCAGCAACCUGGACCGUUAAAUGGAAGUGGCCAGCUCAAAAUGUCCAGUCCCUGCCUUUCUGCUCAGAUGCUGGCACCCCCGCCCCCCGGGCUGCCGCGGCUGGCGCUCCCCCCCGCCACCAAACCCACCUCCGAGGGAGGAAGCUCGUCGCCGACCUCGCCCUUCCUGGUAUCUGGGAUAAGAAAGAGUUCUUCCCACGCCCUGUUCCUCCAUCCCGGGAACCCCGGGGGGCCGCGCCGCCGGCCCCCGGCCCACGUUUUCGGUGGAAAGCUAGCGCAAGCGAGACCACCCCGCCAACUCCCAGCCCGGCCGAGAGACAAAACACACAGACGCGUAACACACAGGAGGAAAACAAGAAAAAAAAAAAAAGGAGAAAAAAAAAAAAAAAGACAAACGGGAAAAAAAAACAACAAAAAACCACACAUUACAAAUAAACCCACCCAACCAAGACGAUAAGAGGUAAAGAUGGCAACGCUUCGGGCUCUCGGGACACCACGGCCGGACGGACCGGACCGGAGGGCCAGGCCCCGCCACCCCUGGGAGCCGGCGCUCGGGGCCCAUCCUAAGUUAUUCAUCUCCUCUCACCGCUGCUCUGGGAGGGCUGGCCGCCCCCGCCUCCGCCCUGGACCAGGUGAGCGCAGCCUGGUGCCCGUGCCCGGCCGACGGGGCGGGACACCCAGGGAGGCCACCUCUCCCCGCGCCCCCAGCGCCACCGCCACCGCCACCGCCGGGACAGUGUUUGCCAAGCGGGGAGGCCGCCCCCGGGGGGGCCGGCGAGGACCCCAGCAGCGGGCAUCAGAGGCCACCGCGGAGGCCAGGGUGGGCCAGGGAGCGAUGGGGGCAGAAGAGGGUCGCAGGGAGACCCCAGGCGUCGCCGGGGGACGAGGACGCGCGCCCGAUACUCUCGCAGGAGUGUCCCGCGAUCGUGGACCUCUCCACCCGACCCGGAGCGCGCCGGGGACUUGGUCUUGCGUGAAGCUCACCCACCCCAGCGCCGGCCCUGUUUGGGAGCCGUCUCUAUGCAAAUGACCCCCAGCCCCCCCCCCCAGGCGUAGGAGGCCACCCCAGCGCGCCCCAGCCCCAGCCCCGGCGGCUCCACACCCCCCUGGGGGAGGGCCCCGCGUUGCACACACUGUAAGAAAUGCACUUUCCGGGGAAGGGGCCGGGGGCGGUGGCGUGGGGGGCCCGGGGCUGCUCUGGACUCUCCAUCCGCCCCCGCCCUGAACGGGGAGGGCCCCCCCCCCAUGUGGCCUGUGGAGGUGGGGGGGGUGAGAGCAAGUGGUUUAAGU